AUGGCGACCACAUCAGCCCCGGCCACCGAUGCCGCCUCCUACCUGGAUCUCGCCAUCACUCUCACUCUCAACAACUGGCCCGCCCUCUCACUAGCCGUGCAAUCAAACUGGGGCGGCGCAAACUCCAGCGACAAACGCGACUGGCUCUGCGGUGCAAUCUCCGACAUGCUUAAAGACAGACCUGAAACCGAUGCCGAAGAUCUGGAAGAAGUCCUUAUUCAAGUGAUGAACGACGAGUUUGAUGUUGCUGUCGAUGACGAGAGCGCUGCCGAUGCGGCUGAUUUGAUCAUGGAGCUGAAGGGCCAGACGGAUCGUGGCGAGUUCGGCGCUGUCCAGGAGAUGUGGGAAAAAUACCAGAAGAAGAGCCAGAACCGUUCUGCUGCUGGGCAGUUCCAGAGGGUUGAGGCUGCGGAUGAUGAUCAGGAGACUGAUGACGAGGUGGAUGAUGAAGAGAUGGGCGAUGCACCUACUUUGGUUCGGGCGCCGCGUGAGCGCGCUGAGCCUGAGAUUGAUGAUGAUGGAUUCACUAAGGUUGUUGGAAAGAAGAGGUAG